GAAGCAGAACGAUAGCUCAUUUCGCCUGAGAUGGAAGCAAAGGGACGCCUCGCCAAAUCCGUCCGAACCCGCCACGCUCAGUACGACAGCUCCGGCGAGGUCUCUUCCUCCGAACAGCGCAUGGUGGUUGCAGCGUGGACGGAACGGCGAUCUCAUGGGCCCGAAAGCCACCGCAAAACAAGAGACAUUCCGCCGGCGAAACCAUAGCCACGCCAGCCAGCACAAAAAAAAACCCAGCAGAUCUCGUUCGGUCGUACCCCAAACAAAUGGGACAGCUCACGCUAACUACGUACAUAUGGGCCGGUUGCAUUGCGUGGAGCCAGGAGCCACCACAGACUUUUCCCCGAUAAUCCGCCGCGACGGCCGGCAGAGGCGGACACCACAAUCACGCCGUCCAUCGAAAAAAAUACACCAGAGAGAGAGAUCUUUCUCCUAGCUCAGCUGGCUAGGCUCCCGUGGUAGCAGUAGCACCUAGCGGCCGGCGUAGGGAGGGGGAGAGAGGGGGGGAUGGGGACGGAGCCGACGAUGCUGCAGCGGUGGUCGUCGUCGAUGUGGGGCCUGAGCGGCCGGGACCGGCUGCGGAUGUGGGAGGACAAGGCGUGGCGGGCGCACGCGGCCAUGGCCUUCACCCAGCUCGCCUACGGCGGCUACCACGUCCUCACCAAGUCCGUGCUCAACGUCGGCAUGAACCAGAUCGUCUUCUGCGUCUACCGCGACCUCGUCGCGCUCGCCCUCCUCGCCCCCGCCGCCUUCUUCCGAGAGAGAAGGGUGCGGCGUCCCGUGACCCCGCAGCUGCUCGGCUCCUUCGCGCUGCUUGGAUUCACCGGGAUCUUCGGGAACCAGCUCCUCUUCCUGCUCGGCCUCGGCUUCACCAACGCCUCCUACGCCGCCGCUUUCCAGCCCGCCAUACCCGUCUUCACCUUCCUCCUCGCAGCAAUCGUCGGCGUCGAAGUGAUCAACGUCUUCACCAAAGACGGUGUCUUCAAGGUCGUCGGCACGGCCGUGUGCGUCUUCGGCGCCGUCCUCAUGGUCUUCUACCGAGGCCCCUCCCUGAUUGGCCUUGGGGGCGCCAAUGCCGCCGAUGGCAAUGCGCUUGCCGAUGCAUCAUGGAGCGGCAGUUCCUAUCCUGCUCAGUGGCUGACGCCAGCCAUGCUCCAGUUCGAUUUGGGAACCUGGAACCUUGGCGUUCUGUGCCUCUUAGGCAACUGCUUCCUCAUGGGGGCUUAUCUUGUCAUACAGGCCCCGGUGUUAGUAAAAUAUCCCGCGAGCUUAUCCUUGACAGCCUACUCUUAUUCAUUUGCCACCAUCUUCAUGGUGUUGACUGGGGUAUUUGCAACCAAUGGGCUCCAUGAGUGGGCACUGACAGGGACAGAAAUGAUAGCCAUUCUAUACGCUGGAGUUGUUGCAUCUUGUCUGAACUACGCAAUCAUGACUUGGGCGAACAAAAUUCUCGGACCGUCUCUGGUUGCCCUCUACAAUCCGCUCCAACCAGCAUGUUCCACCAUCCUCUCAACUAUGUUUCUUGGUACCCCAAUUUAUCUAGGAAGCCUGAUUGGAGGAGUCUUCAUCAUUGCUGGUCUAUACCUGGUCACUUGGGCGCGUUAUAAUGAAGCGCAGAGAAUACUGAUGUCUGGUUAUCUCAACCCUCUUCUUGUGGAGGUGGAGGAUGCGCCUGCUCCCAAGACACAGCAAAGUUCCAGCUCAAUUGAUCCCUAAGCCUCGGAGGAGAGUCGACUGUGUUUUCUCAAGAACAGCAGCAGUAGGAUUACAUCGUAUAUUACUACGUAUCAGAAAGCGUAUAGUUACCUUUUCUACUGUUGGAUUAGAUUCCAUCAUCAGGGAUAAACUGGAGCCAAAAUGCGUUGCAAUCAUUGUUUUCCUAACAACCGCGGAGGAUGCUAUCGGCUAACAAUGCGUGAUGAUCGUUCAGUUUCAACAGUUGUGAGUCUUCACAGGGUCUAGGCCUAGCAGCAGGAGGAACAGCUUCAGCAAUCAAAGCAGGCUCUUUUACUGCCGGUGAAGUUGACGCUGCAAUAUAGUAUAAGACUCUUACUGUCGUUGAACCGAAGCUGCGUAUAAGAUGACUGCUCUUCUGUGAUGAUUUCCAGUACUUGCGAAGUAAUUAUGUCAAGAGCUCAGACAUCAGUAGGUGGAAUCAAAGUACAAAUCCAAAUUCUAAUGUUUAACUCUUGGCACAACAGACUGCUGGGGUGUUCUUACUUUGCUUUAGUUGUACUUCCUGUGUUGUGUCUCCCUCUGGGAUGUAAACUGUUGCAGUCACAAAAUCAUAUUUUGGUAUUACUUA